AUGAGGUCAGCGAGGGCCUCGCUCGCCCCAGGCCGGCCCCUCCCCGUGCUGGUCCUGGCGGUGCUCCUGGUCGACUCUCUUGGCGAGGAUUUCAUUGUUCAGCCUGAGUGGGGCUUUGACUCCUCUGAAAUCACCAUCCCCAAGAAGCUGAGCGUCCGCGGAGGGGAGCAGGGUGCGAGCAAGCGCGUGUCCUACCUCCUGCAGGUGAAAGGGAAGAAGCAUGUCCUCCAGCUGUGGCCCAAGAGGUCUGUGCUGCCGCGCCAUCUGCAGGUUUUCUCCUUCACCGAGCAGGGGGAGCUCCUGGAGGAGUACCCUUACGUCCCCAGGGACUGCAACUACGUGGGCGUGGUUGAGGGUACUGGGGAGUCGGAAGCUACCGUCAGUAUGUGCAUGGGGGGUCUCCGCGGCAUCUUGAAAAUCGAUGCCCAACAUUACCAGAUCGAGCCCCUCAAGGCCUCGGCCACUUUCGAACAUGUCGUCUACCUCCUGAAGGAGCAGGCAUUUCACCAGCACCUCUGCGGCUUAACUCAGAAGGAGGGAGAACAGCGGGCGGCCCCCCGUGACCGUGCCGCCAGGCUGGGGGACUUGACCGGAAUCAUUAGACACCAAAGGUACUUGGAAUUAGCCUUGAUCUUUGAUCAUGAGAGAUAUUUGUUUUCCAACUCCAAUCUGUCUGACGUCACAAGCGAUGCCAUUCUCCUGACUUCGAUUAUGGACACGUACUUUCAGGAGCUCCAUAUGAGAAUACAACUAGGCACACUGGAAGUAUGGACGGAUCAAAACAGAGUUGAUAUCUCUUUUCCAACCUUACAGAAGGCUUUAGGCCAGUUUUUGAUCUAUCAAAAAAAUAUACUAAGUGCUCAGCUUUCAGCAGAUUGGAUACAACUGUACGUUAAAGGACAUUAUAUUGAUGCGCUUGCGUGGUCCUGGGGCAGAGUGUGUACUAAGGAAUACGGUGCUUCUAUAAGCGUUUUUCCUGAUUUAAGUGUCCUUGGACCUGCCACGUGGGGUGCUCAUAACCUGGGCCACAGCGUGGGAAUGGUCCAUGACGUACAAUACUGCCGAUGUAAAGGAAGGCGUAGCUGCAUUAUGGGCACCGGACGAACUGGGUUCAGUAAUUGUAGUUAUAUUCAGUUUUUAAACUUCGUGCGCAGACAUGCAGACUGUCUGAGUGAUAUCCCUGGACAUAGUUAUGUGGUGAAGAGAUGUGGAAACAAAAUCGUGGAAGACGACGAGCAAUGUGAUUGUGGUUCCCUCCAGGACUGCGAAGCAGACCGCUGUUGUGAACCAGGUUGUAAAUUCAGACACGGUGUCAACUGUAGCACUGGACUUUGCUGUCACAACUGUCACUUUCGUCCAUCUGGGUAUUUGUGUCGGAAGGAAGAAAAUGAAUGUGACCUUGCAGAAUACUGUGACGGGACAUCAGGUCUCUGCCCCAAUGACACUUACAAGCAGGAUGGAACCCCGUGCAAGUACGAAGCCCUGUGUUUCAGCAAGGGGUGCCGGUCGGCCUAUAUGCAGUGCCAACACAUUUUUGGAUCUGAUGCCCUGGAAGCCGCUCAUCAGUGUUAUGAGGCAGUUAAUUUAAUAGGUGACCAACACGGGAACUGUGGUAUUAUGGGGAGCAGUUCCUAUAAAAAGUGUACAAAGCGGAAUUCAUUAUGUGGCAGGGUGCAGUGUAUAAACGUCAAAACCCUCCCUGAUAUGCCAGAUUAUACGACGAUUGUUUCUACUCACCUGCGGGAUGAAAAUGUCAUCUGCUGGGGCACAGGCUAUCAUACGUCCUUGGUACCCUUGGGCAUACCUGACAUCGGUGUGGUAAAUGAUGGCACCUUCUGUGGUGAGGACCGGAUAUGUGUGAACAGAACUUGUUUCAGUACCUCAGUCCUGAAGUAUGACUGUCUGCCUGAGAAGUGUAACCACAGAGGCACCUGCAACAAUAACAGAAACUGUCACUGCAUGUAUGGCUGGGCGCCUCCGUUCUGUGAGGAGAUGGGUUAUGGAGGAAGCAUUGACAGUGGGCCGCCUGGAUGGCAAAAACCGGAGGUGCCCCCCUCAGCGAAGGUUGUGCCACUUAUAUUAGGACGCCUUCUUUUGUUAGUCAUUUCAGUGAUUAUUGUGAUUUUCAGGCGAAUGAUAGCAAAUUGCUUAAAACCCAAACAGAAAGAAACACCACUACCGACUGACAUUGUAGAUAAACAACUGAUUGUAGACGAGCAACCGAUUGUAGAUAAACAACCGAUUGUAGUCCCCCAAAACCCCUAUUCUACUCUCCAUCUCUAUGAAUGUGACUACUCAAUGUACCACGCGCAAGCAGAAUCGUAG